UUAAUCUGAACUAUUUUUGUAAAAAAAACAUCUUUCCCUUUUCUUUAAAAAAAAAAUGGCCUCGUCAAAACAAGAUAUUGAAGUUGUCGUCGCAAUUGACUUUGGCACAGUUUCUUCCGGGUAUGCUUAUGCCAACAAAUCUAAUCCAGGCGAAAUCACUGUAGAAAAUAGAUGGGAUGGUUUUAUAGGUUAUAAAACUCCAACAAUUAUAAAAUAUGAUGAAUCAUAUUCAUCCAUAAUAUCUUGGGGAUUUUCCGCCUUACCUGAAAGACCAAGGAGGAGGGGGAAUGAUAAUCAAACUAAACCCAUAGAAUUAUUUAAACUAUUUCUAUUCAAAGAAAAAUCUUUCUUGCCAGAUAAUUUAGACUAUAAAAGAGUUAUUUCAGAUUAUCUGAGAAAGUUAGGUGAAAUGAUCAAAGGAAAAGUAAAUAAUAUUUGGUCAAGUUUAAAUUUUUAUAGUCAAGUGUUAAUUGUGCUUACGGUACCGGUAGAAUUUGACGAUAACGCAAUUGCAAUAAUGCGGGAUUGCGCUUUUAAUGCAAAUUUAAUUAAAGAGAGAGACAGUAGAUAUCUGUUAUUUAUUACGGAACCUGCUGCAGCUGCGAUACACUGUUUAAAUUCUUCGGAAAAAAAUAAAUUGAAACCUGAAGAUUCAUUUAUAGUCGUGGAUUGCGGUGGUGGCGCUGUGAAUUUGACAAGUCACAAGUUAUUAGAAGAUAAUAAGAUAAGCGAAUUAACGGAAUCUACUAGUGGAAAUUGUGGAUCAAGUCUUAUUGAUAAAAAAUUCGUAGAAUUUCUUGGUCGAAAAUUAGGAAGUUCUACUAUUGAAUCGUUAGAAAAGAAUCAUUAUAAUAUAUUACAAUAUAUAGUGCAAGAGUUCUGUAAAGAAGUAAAAAUCCCUUUUACUGGACAAAAAUCAGAAUUUCAACGGUAUGAAAUAGUUUUAGAAAAUUAUCCAUCAAUUAUUGAAGAAGCGAGAAAACAAGGAUUUUUAAAAGAAUCCGAUUCAGUAUGGGUUGAAUUUAGUGAUGUUAGGGGAAUGUUUGAUCCUUUGAUAAACAAAAUUAUAGACUUGAUAAAGGGACAAUUGGCCCAACAACCAAACAAAAAAAGUUCAGUUAUUAUGUUGGUUGGUGGAUUUAGCGAAUCUAAAUAUUUACAAGAUAGAAUUAUAAAAGAAUUUAAUAAGACUGUGUCGGAUAUUUCUGUACCAUUGCAACCUAUGAUUGCAGCUGUAAAGGGUGGUGUUCAAUAUGGUCUUCGAACGGACAUGAGGGUACAUACCGUCUUGAGACGAACAUAUGGAACAGACGCUAUACGAAAAUCUUUACCAGGUGAUCCGCCAUCACAAAUACUUCCAAAUGGAUAUACAAUCAUAUUUGAUCCACUUGCAGAACGUGGUAAACCAAUAUUAGUAAACGAGAAAGUAGUUAGAGAAUUUAAACCACAUUCAAUGAUGCAACGUAGUAUUAGUUUUGAUUUAUAUGUUACAAAAGCGUUAAAUGCAAAAUUCUGUAACGAUCCUGGAGUUAGUUUAUUACGUCCUUGGGAAAUUGAAUUACCAGAAAAUGAUAAUUAUGAAGAUGUAACAAUUUUAUUCACUUUAACUUUUGGUGCGGUGGAAAUUUUGGCUACCGCUGAAAAUCAAAAAACUGGUGAAAAAUAUCAAGUUAAAGUUAAAUAUGAUUGAAUUUUUUUCAUUUAAUCUUUUAAUGUUAUUUAUUGUCAAUUUUCUUUUCAUGUUAAUCAAAU